AUGGGUCGCCAGGAACUGGAAGCAGCCAGCUUCUCUCUGAUCAAGCUGGGCAGCCUAGUGGCCAUUAUCAGCUGUGGCCUGCCCUCGUGGCAUGUGAUGAAAUUUUCGGAAGAGACCAACCUUUGGGAGGGCCUUUGGAUCCUGUGUGAGAUUAACGGACUCAAGAGCCAGACAUGCAGGUGGUACAGAUCACACCUGGUAGUGCCACAGGACCUGCAGGUGUCUCGAGUUCUGGUGGUCAUCUGCAUCAUCAUCACCUGGCUGGGUUUGCUGCUGUACAUGAUCGGGGAUGAACGCAUUGCAUGUGUGUCAAAUGUGAAUAAUGCAAAAAAGAUCAAGUUGGCGGCAAGUGGGUUGUUCCUGGGGGUUGGUCUGCUGCUGUUGGUGUCUGCGUCCUGGGUCACACACAAUGUCAUCCUUGGUAUCACCAACCCUCAAAUGGUCUUCCCAUUGAAACCAGAGAUGGGAGCCUCACUCUACCUGAGCUGGCUCAGCUCUCUGCUGUUUCUGCUGGGAGGGGUCCUCCUGGGAGGGGCCCUGCUGUGUUGUGAGGACCCAACUAAGAUUGACCAGCCCACUCCUUUUGAGGGCUCCUGGGAAGGGCCCUCUGUGCUUUAUAUCUGGAGUUAG